AUGCAAGCAAUCGCAGACUCGUUUGUCGGAACCGGACCAAUGGGAGCCAUGGCUGCCCAGCACGAGGAGGAUGUUCGAGCCAUCCAGCAACAGCAGCUGACCCCAUCGUUGGCCGUGCCACCUAUCUCUCAGCCCACAGCCUUUCUGAGAGCCCACACCGAUGACGCCUCCAAUCCCGACUGUAAGAUCAAGAUCGCACACGGUACCACCACUCUGGCCUUCCGAUUCAAGGGCGGCAUUGUCGUGGCUGUCGAUUCGCGAGCCACUGCUGGCAACUGGGUCGCCUCUCAGACCGUCAACAAGGUGAUUCGAAUCAACCCCUUUCUGCUGGGAACCAUGGCUGGAGGAGCCGCCGACUGUCAGUACUGGGAGACCUGGCUCGGUGGACAGUGUCGGCUUUACGAGCUGCGAGAGAAGCAGCGAAUCUCUGUGGCCGCAGCCUCUAAGAUUCUCUCCAACCUCGUCUACUCAUACAAGGGUAUGGGUCUGUCAAUGGGUACCAUGGUCUGUGGAUACACCGCUCGAGAGGGUCCUACUAUCUACUACGUCGACUCCGACGGUACUCGACUCAAGGGCGAUCUGUUCUGCGUCGGUUCCGGUCAGACCUUUGCCUACGGUGUGCUGGACGCUACCUACAAGUGGGACCUUACUGUUGAGGAGGCCCUUGCUCUAGGAAAGAGAUCCAUUCUUGCAGCCACACACAGAGACGCUUUCUCCGGAGGUUCCGUCAACCUGUACCACGUGACUGAGGAGGGAUGGGUCUACCAUGGUAACUACAACUGUGGUCCUGCCAUCUGGGAGGCCAAGGAGAAGGAGGACUCUUUCAACAACAUCAUCACCAAGCUCAAGGAUGAUGAAUAA